CGAUAGGACCGGUCUAUCGCUGCCAACUUCCUUUGAACAUGUGACUGUUGUGUGAACGCAUAGAGCAGUCACGCUGGAAGCAGUGCAGUCCGAUUCUCCGAACUUGUGAUCCAACCUCCGGAUCACAACCACACCAGCCGGGACACCUAUAUAUUGAAAGCAGAAUCCGCCCUUUAUUCCUUCUCUCCAUUCCUCAAAAGAUAUCGAUCAAGAUGGACUGCGGAAUCAUCACGUCGAAAACUGUGCUACUGCUUCUCAGUCUAAUAUUUUGGGCUGCGGGAGCCGCCUUAGCCUAUGUGGGGGCCUACAUCAUCAGGAGCUACACCAACUUCGAGGCCUUCCUGGAGGACAAAUAUGUCAUGAUCCCAGCCGUGAUCAUCAUCUGUGUCGGCGUGGCGAUGUUCCUUUUGGGCUUGCUGGGAUGCUGUGCCACAAUCUCAGAGUCCAAAGUCGGCCUUGGCUUGUUCCUGGUCGUCAUCCUGGCGCUCUUCGCUGGUGAAGUUGCUGCUAUGACCUUCUGUUUCAUCUACCAGGGCAAGAUAACUGAGGACCUGCAGCGUUCGAUGACCGACGUCUUCAUGAAGUACGACGGGCAGAGCACAGAGAGCGUUGCCGUGGAUCACCUGCAGUCCCAGUUGCAGUGCUGUGGAGUGUUUAACCUGAGCAGCUGGGUGUCCACCCCCUGGUACACCAGCCACAACAAUACAGUUCCCUUCUCCUGCUGCAAGAACCAGACGGAGUGCACCGGCCAGCUCGACAAGCCUCAGUUCCUCUUCACAAAGGGAUGCCAAGACCAGGUGGAUGUGCUCCUUCAGAAUGUGUUGAGUUAUGCCAUGCUGGUGAUCCUGGGCUUCGCCAUAAUUAAGGUCUUCGGGAUGCUGAGCGUGUGUGUGAUCACCUGUAGGUGCAACGACAGGAGGAAUGGCUACCAUCCCAUCUAUAACUGAGGCAGUUCCUUCUCCACCAGGCAUUUAGCUUAGAUAUUCUUCCUCAGCCUUAUCCUUUCUCCUCUUUCUGACGUAGUACCUGCUCUACCAUGCAUUUAGCUAAGUGAAGCUCCGUCAGUCUUAACCUUUCUCCUGUCUCCUCCCAUGGCUGCCUGAUACGUCCCUGCGCCUCGCUAUAGGAGUUCACACACUUCCCCAGAGUCACCGUUAGACUGCAAUCAGAAGGGAAAAGUUACCAAACCUUUUAGUAUAACAGCCCUUUUUAUGGAACUUUCUUAAAACAAUUUGAUAUGGGCAAAAAUAUUAUUGUAAAAUAAUUUGAUGAGGACACAUUAUGGAACAUUUUUGCAUUUGUCACACGUCUAAAACAUGAGUGUUUUUAAAGGAAAAACUUUAAAGCAAGGAAUAAGUUUCUUUUCCAACUUGGAAAACAAUUUUGGACACAAUUCACAAAACACUUGACUACUAAGAAGACAAUUCACGAAACACGAAAAGUUACCUAGGAACAUGUGGCUCAUCCUCACAAAUCUUUUUCUCGAACUGUACAUUGAACAUGCUGUGAAAAGACAAAUGGCAGGUUUUUGACAUUGAGCUUUACAUAUGCCCGGGCAGGAAUGGUUUUCACAAAGCACCGAUUCGACUCGUAUAUCCAUAUAUCUACUGAACACAAAAUAAAUGGUUAUUUUCCAUUAUUUGUUUUCAUCCUUGGGGUUUUAGUGAACGCCUCUGCGCUGCUUUUACAUGACAAAAAGAAACCACUACUCCAACUAUAGGGGAGCUAAUAUGAGGAUGAAGUCUCUCACAUAUGAGGUAUUAUAUACGCUGUUUUGUAUUGAUUUUAAAUGGGCAUGAUUCAGUGGCUAAGAUUGUAUUUGAUAAAUGUUUAUCUAUGUUAAGCCUCUUCCAUACUAAAUGCAAAGUUCUCCCUUAUCGUAUCUUUUCAAAGUUAUGCAUUGAUGGGAUUACUGUUGUGUAUAAUUGAUUGCCUAAGUAAUAAAUUAUGCUAUGGAAACAAUGA